AUGACGGGCCAAAAUUGGGACACUCUAUUCAAGAGCGACUCCUUCGUGAACCAAUACAAAACGGGCGGCAAGAUAACUGGGCAGUAUGCACUUUCACUGAUAGAGCAGAGCAAUAUCAUUGCCAAUUCUAAGUUGAAUCCGAACCAGCCUCUGGUGGUGCUUGAUAACGCUUGUGGUACCGGAGUUGUUUCCAGUAUCCUCCAUCAUGAGCUGGGUGACAAGGUCAAAAAAAACUGGAAACUGACCUGUGGAGAUAUUUCCCCAGGCAUGAUAGAGUCCACUCGGCGUAGAGCGGAGGAGGAGCAGUGGUCCAAUGCAACCACCCAAGUGCUGGACGCACAGAAAAUGAGUUUGCCCACUGCUCAUUUCACUCAUGCCUUCACUGCAUUUGCCUUCAUGGCUAUGCCACAGCCCCUGGAGGCACUUGAUGAAGCCUGUCGAGUUCUGCAACCAGGAGGCACGAUUGCGUUCUCCACAUGGAUUCAGCCUGGCUGGAUCUCUAUCGUUGGAAAUGCAGUCAAAAUGAUGCCCAAUGAGCUUCCUUGGCCGACACCCCAGGAGUUUUUGCACGUCACCCAGAAGGGAGAAUGGGAUUCGAUGGCCUGGAUCGAGUCGCAGCUUCAUCAGCGCAAAUUUCAAAAUAUCGACGUCAGGGCUGUUAGCAAGAGCAUAUCGUUGAAGGUUCCCGAGCUAUCUGCAAUGACUAUGGUCAUGAUUCCUUUGGUGUUUCAACACUUUUGGUCAGAGAAGCAGCUAGAGGAGACCAGAGAGGAUUUCUCCGGAGCAUUGGAAAAGUAUUUGACCGACACGUAUGGGAAGGAAGGCGAAGUGGCCAUGGAAUGGGUGGCUAUUCUAUCUACCGCAUGCAAGCCAAGCACUAGCUAG